AUGGUCCCUGGACUCACGCCUUCCUCCUCUCCACCUCGCUCCCGUGCCCAGACGGAGGACAGCCGCCGGCCCGCUCGGGUUCCCUCCAACCCCAUCCUGGCCGAGGCACAGCGCCUCGCCCGAGAGAAGAGGGCCGCGGAGGAGCGAGUGCGCAUGCCCGCCGGCAUGCCCGCCAGCACCUCAGGGGACACCCCGCCAAGGCGCGCCGCCUGGCGCAGCCCCUCCCCUGAGGGCGAGCCGGACGCAGGCACGCGCUCCCCGCCCGCCAAGCGCAAGCACUCCCCCAUCGUGUGGCAGGGGGCCACCACGGCGGGUCCCGUCAGCCUCGCCCCUCGCUCCGCCCCCGGGUCCGCCGCCAGCGCGGCCUCCAUCGCCCAGGCGGAGGUGGAGGCCUUUGCGGAGCGGCAGGCCGCCGCCUCGGGGCUGGAGGAGGCCAGCGGGGUCAGCGAGUUCUUCUUCAAGCCCUCGCCCUCCCUCUCCUCCCCCGAGGAGGCCGCACACAUCCGGCGUGAGGGCAGCCCCCACCCGGCCCAGCCCUCCAUGUUGGAGUCGGACGCCGAGGGCCCCGCCGCCGGGCGCGGCCGCUGGGGCGAGGCCCCGCCGGUGCCCGGCCGGGCGGCGGGCGCCGAGCGCAUGGUCGGCAGGGCCGGCGGCAGGCCCGCGUCCGAGCUCGACCCCGCCUCGCCGGGCGCGGGUCCGGAGGGUGGCGACCCCGCCUCCUCUGGCCCGGCCGCCUCGGGCCCCGGCUCCGAACCCCCCCCUGCCUCGCCACCGGGCUUCCGCCCCGGUCGCCCUUUCCUGGGGCGCGCCAGCGCGGCGGAGUGCCGCAGCGUGGACCUGUACGAGAAGCUGAACCACAUCAGCGAGGGGACCUAUGGCGUGGUGUACCGAGCGCGCAACAGCGAGACGGGCGAGAUCUGCGCGCUGAAGCGCGUGAAGCUGGACAAGGAGCGCGACGGCUUCCCGCUGACCGCGCUGCGGGAGAUCAACAUCCUGCUGUCCCUGCGCCACCCCAACAUCGUCAACGUGUCGGAGGUGGUGGUGGGGUCCAGCCUGGACUCGGUGUUCAUGGUCAUGGAGUACGGCGACCACGACCUGGCGGGGGUCAUGCGCCGGCGCCUGCGCCAGCCCUUCUCCCCCGCCGAGGCCAAGACGCUGAUGACAGCGCUGCUGGCGGGCGUGGCCUACCUGCACGACAACUGGGUGCUGCACCGCGACCUCAAGACCUCCAACAUCCUGUACACCAAUCAGGGCGUGCUCAAGGUCUGCGACUUUGGGCUGGCGCGCCAGUACGGCUCCCCCCUCAAACCCUACACCCACAUGGUGGUCACCCUGUGGUACCGCGCCCCAGAGCUCCUCCUAGGUGCCAAGCACUACUCGACGGCGGUGGAUGUGUGGAGCGUGGGCUGCAUCAUGGCUGAGCUGCUCACGCGGGAGCCGCUGUUCCCUGGCAAGGGCGAGAUCGACCAGCUGGGCAAGAUCUUUGGCCUGCUGGGCACGCCCACCGAGGAGACCUGGCCGGGGCUGGACCGCCUGCCCAACUUCCGCAAGUUCAACUUCAGGCAGGAGAGGAAGAACACGCUGCGAGCCGCCUUCCCGCCCCCGGGUCCGGUGUUUGAUGGGCGGCCCACGCUGAGCGAAGCAGGGUUCGACCUCCUCUCCUCCCUGCUCUCCCUGUGCCCAGAGAGGCGGAUAUCUGCCGCCGAGGCGCUGCAGCAUCCCUGGUUCAAGGAGCAUCCCCUGCCCAAGGACACGGCGCUCAUGCCCACCUUCCCAUCCACCGCGGCCGCCCCCAGCAGCCGGCGCUGA